AUGCUGCGAGCAAGUCGACGCUUGUUUGCGGCAGAAGUGCCGAAAACCUUAGAUCCACCGACCCAGACAUACCCGUUGGUCUACGGGCGUGUGGAGGAAACAGUGAUGUCCCCAUACAAGGGUGGACCAGUUUACCUCUGGCUGCGCUCAACCAUCGUGUGGCUGCGCCGAGUUCCAGGCCGCCACUGGAUCCGAUGGAUUGAGCGCAAUUGGGAUUACCAGAAGAUGUGCAUGAUGGGUAUGCCAGAGCUUCACAUCGACCCGACAAAGAAUCGCUGGCGCUACUACAUCGACACAAGCUACUACGGCGGGAUGCUCGACAAGUCGCACGAGGACUUCUACCGCUACAUCAUGAUGUACCCCACCUUGGCCUUCUUCUUCCACUGUGUCUGGUGUCGCAUCAAGGACAACGACAAGGACAACUUCCUCGCGAAGUGGCGAGUGCCUGCGGACGAAGCCUGA